AUGACCAAUCAAGCUGCACUCUCGAAGGAGGCUCCUAUGAUGAUAGGGCACAAAGUAUCUGAGCCUCAUGCCGACGGUGUAUCGCCAACAACCGAAAUAAUAGCAUCACCUGCGGCAUCACCUCCAAGCCAACUACGGGGAACUCAAAGCAUCAGAUUUUGGCUCGUAUUCUCGAGUCUAAUUCUGGCAGCAUUUGCCGCCAAUCUGAAUGCUACUAUCCUUUCGACUCUGGUUCCCACAAUAGUUCGAGAUAUUGGAGGAGGGCAAAAGUACAUUUGGAUCGUUAGUUCAUACACCAUCGCUUCUACGGCAAUCCUUCCCUUGGGGGGACAGCUCUCAAAUAUCUUUGGUCGGCGAGGUCCAAUGCUCUUCUGUCUGGCAAUGUUCAUCCUUGGGAGUGGAUUAUGCGGAGGUUCAAACAGCAUAGAGAUGCUGAUUGCUGCUCGAAUAAUUCAAGGCAUCGGAGGUGGAGGGAUCAUGAUGCUGUUGGAGGUCAUAAUAUGUGACCUUUUGCCACUGCGAGAACGGCCUAAGUAUCUGGCACUCAUCUUUGCCGUUUGCGGUAUUGCGAUCACGAUUGGACCGACCAUAGGAGGGGCGUUCAGAAGUCGAGUCUCCUGGAGAUGGGCCUUCUAUAUCAAUAUUCCUAUCUGGGGAUUUGCAGGCCUAAUUGCAAUUUUGUUUCUUAAUCUCAAAUCUGUACGUGAACCCACAUGGAAAGCAUCCUUGCUUCGGGUAGAUGUCUUCGGCAAUGUAUUGUUCAUCAUGGCGACCUGCUCCAUUAUGCUCGGACUUGUUAUGGGCGGACAGAUUUACCCAUGGUCAUCAUGGAGAACCAUUCUAUCAAUUGUUCUCGGGGGACUCGGCUUGAUACUUUUCCAGCUACACCAGAACUCGCGCUUCUGUGUAGAGCCAACCAUUCCUGGCCGCCUAUUCUUUAACCGGACCACUUUUGUUGGCUUUUUGCUAGUUUUCCUCUCCUGUAUGUUGUUAGAAUGGGCGACCUACUAUUUACCAUUCUACUUCGAAGCAGUCAAGGUAAAGUCCCCCCUCGGUUCUGGGGUUAAUACUCUUCCUUUCAACAUAUUUUUUAUUCCAUCUGCUGGAAUAUCCGGCGGACUGUUAAACAAAUUUGGAAAAUAUAAACCGCUACACUGGGCUGGUUUUGGUGUUUUCGCCUUGGCUGCUGGCUUAUUUUCCCGCAUGGACGAGAAUACCCCAACAGUACAAUGGACAUUUUGGGAAUUAUUUGCAGCUUUCGGUUUGGGUUCACUGAUAUCUUCAACACUACCGGCUGUUCAGUCUUCUCUUCCAGAAGCAGAUGUUGCUGCAACAACAGCCACCCAUGCAUUUCUUCAGUCCUUCGGUCUUGUGUGGGGUUUCACUAUACCGUCGAUCAUCUUCAACAACGAAAUAUCCAAAAAUAUCAAUCUGGUCCAAAAUGAAACGAUCCGAACAACACUUCUAGGUGGAGAUGCGUUUUCUCAGGGCACAGAAAAUUACUCUCAGUUAACACAAGAUACGAAGGAACAGAUUCUUCAUCUCUCUACCAUCGCCCUCAGAAGUACUUGGUAUGCCGCUGUAGCAUUUGGUCUGCUUGGAUUUCUGUCAGUUUUUGUAGAAAAGCACAUUGAGUUGGGAACGGAAUUGGAGACCCAAUUUGCCUUAGAGGAUGAGAAGGUCAAGGAGGACGUGGGGAGUGAGCUAUCUAAAGAAAAGGCUUGA